CGUCGCGAUUCCUAUUGUUGCAUAUCAAUGCAUUAUUUCACAGUGAACGGCAGUCCAAACGCCACUGGCUAUUUGCGAGCGUAUUUAAAAUUCGAAAUGUGCAUUUAAAUAACUACCAAUUGUUCCUAAUUGAUUUCUGAGUUAUACUUACUUAUUUUAUAAUGGUGGCGGCUGACGUAUCGUCUGUAAAUAAAGAUGUCUUUCAAGAAUUGGAAAAUUUCGGCAGAUAUCAAACUUUACAAUUUAUUUUGAUCUGCCUACCACUGUUUGUUGUAUCUAUGAGUAUAGUCAACUAUGUGUUUGUUGCUGAAGACGUUAAUUACAGAUGUCGAGUACCGGAAUGCGAUGGGGUAAAUGCGACAGUUGAAGUUCCGUUAUGGUGGCCAGAAGACCCGGAUACAAGAUGUAUGCGGCCCGUCCUCGACCCAUCGUUCAACCUUACCAGAGGUCAAUGCUCCAAUGUCACUUUCCUGCCGAUUAGGGAGGAAUGCACAGAAUGGAUCUACGAAAGCGAAAACUCCGUCGUAGCUGGGUUGAACCUCGGUUGUCAGUCGUGGAUCGCGACCCUGGUGGGCAGCGCUCACAACUCCGGCAUGAUCGCUUCCAUGAUCCUCACUGGAUGGGUCGCUGACAAGGUCGGAAGAAAGCCAACAGUAAUCAUAUGUGCCAUUGGCGGGGCCCUUGGAAUAUCAAAAAUAUUCAUUACUAAUUACUACAUCUAUCUAGUGGUGGAAUUCCUAGAAUCAUUCCUUUCAUCAGGACUCUAUACAGUUGGAGUUGUUUUACUAAUAGAAGUCGCAGGAGAUCGGAAAAGAGUCCUAGCAGGAGUAAUAUUUUCCUAUGCAACUUAUGUUGGCGAAGUAUUAUUCGCGUUCUUCGCGAUGGGGCUGAAACAUUGGAAGUACCUCAUUCUAGUCGCCAACGUGCCCUCAUUAUUCUUCAUAGUCUAUUUCUUCAUACUACGCGAGAGCACUAGAUGGCAAAUGUUACGAGGGAAAAUGGACGCUGCUAAGGAAACCUUCAAAAAGAUCGCAAAGACAAAUAAUCUGAACAUAUCGGCGAAAGAAAUUGAUGAUAUUUCAGAUGAAGACUUGCGAGAGAAGUUCAAUGUGUUGGUACAGAAAGAGAAAGAAAGCUUGAGAGAAAUACUGCGUUCGAAAGAGAUAAUGGUACGACUCUUGGUUUCGUCUGCGUGCUUUUUCAGUUCGAGUUUUGUGUACUGCGGGCUGUUGGUCCAUUCGGUAUUUUUACCCGGGAACAAAUAUACGAACUUCGCCCUGGCUUCCUUGACUUCCUUCCCUGGAGAUAUGCUGGCGUUUUACACGUUCAACAAGUUUGGGAGAAAAGUUACGCUCCAAUAUGGAUAUUUUGCUACUGCCGUUUUCAUAUUAGCACAGGCGUACACACCACAUACGCUACCCUGGCUGAAGGUAGCAUUAUUCUUGUUGGGGAAAUUCGCCGUGGUGGUAUGCUUCACGGGUAUCUUCACGUACAGCAUGGAGUUAUUCCCCACCAGCAUCCGAGGGUCCCUGGUCGGUGUGGGCAAUACUGCAGCCAGGAUCGGCAGCAUGCUCUCGCCGCUUACUCCACUCUUGACGAGCGAGAUAGAGACGCUGCCGUCCAUUUUGUUUGCAUCAACCGUAAUUUUGGCUGGACUUCUUCUCAUCUUUACUCCGGAAACGAAGAACAUGCCUCUCUUCGAUACCAUCGCGCAGGUCGAGGCUUAUAAAGCGAAAAAUAAGUCCGCCGCUUAGAAUUUCUAAUUUCUAGCUUCAAGUGGGUGAAUUUUUGAAAGUUUUUUUUUACGCAGGUCGAAGUUCUGUGAUACGCGAGUGCUUUUAAGUUCAUUAUGGAAUGCGACUUUCCAGGCUACGGUCCCCAAAAAUAAUGUUGGCGCUGCAUUUUUUUUAUUAAUUUAGGUUUAUUAUAGGAAGAUUUCACAAUAAAAUGAAACACGAAACCAUAAAAAAAAACAAAGAAAAAUGUAAUAUUUUUUACACUAAUAAUAUGGUUCCGAGAAUGAGGGACUUUCCAAGCUACGGUCACCAAAUCUAUAUAGAUGGCGUUGUACAGAUUUAACAUUAUAAUUAUCUAUUUUCUCAUUGCUCGGGUACCUCAUUAUUCAAAGAUAAUUUAAUGGCAGAAGUGUACUUAUAUAAAAAUAAUUCUUGCUUGAUACUGAAAUUGUUACCUAUAUUGCUUCUCUUUAUUUUGAUUAGAAUAAUAAUGGGUGGAAGAUGUAAGUGUUGUGUCUGGAAGUAAUAAAAAGGUUAUCAUUUAUGCCCAAAAACAAAGGUGAAAGAUGCACAGGUCUGUUAUCCAUGAAAUUAGAAGGCUAAACGAAAAAAUAUUUUUUCAGCGCCAUCUAUAAUAUUUUUUUGGGGAACGUAGCCUGGAUAUUCCUUCUUUGGGAAUACAGUCGUGAGUUUAUGUUAAUGUUUUAUGUGGAUAAUUUCGGUGGGGCAUUCUUUUAAAUUACUGUGGGGGUUAAAAAGA